AUGUGUUGCAAAGAUUUUCAUGAUGCUGCUGAAGAUAGAUACGUUUUGCAAAGAGUUUGUUUAGACAAGUUUCCGUUAGUACAGUGGCUUCCUAAUGACAAAACAACAUUGUUCUUGAACCGUUGUCGGGAAUCUGGAAACAUAGAGAGUUUGUAUAGAGAAGGGCUGCGAAAAUAUUUUGAUUAUCCAAAUGGAAAUAUUGAAGGUGGUCUUGAGAUCUUGAAAAUAGCUGCUCAAAAGGGUCAUAAUGAAACAAAAUAUGUGUAUGGUAUGAUUUCAUUAUGCUCUGAAGACAAUAAAUUGAGAAAACAAGGUCUUGAGUAUAUGCGUUAUCUGAGGAGGUCCAAGUGUGUUGUAAGCUCUAGAAACAGAGUAAAACAAUUAUUGGACUUUAUGUGGAAAAACAAUGGAACAUUGGGACGCAAUCAAAACCAUCUAUGUAACUCUAAGAACACAUGCAAAGGGUGGAGAGUGAAGAUGGGUAGAUGGGUAUUACUAGAUGACGACGACGAUGAUGAUGAUGACAUUAGCUUGUGUGAAUAUUGUAGAUGGGAUCAUGAGCUAGAGAUUUUUCAUCGAUUUUUCAAUGUUCGUUAG